AAACUGUACGUCCGUUUGUCCGGAGGAGAGGGGAGAGUGGGCGCCAUCUUCUAGGCUCGUUGAGGGCCCUACUUGUUUUGGGAAGGUUGCAGCGACGAGGAGUGCCCCUCGACCUCUCCUUGUGUGUCCGACUCUGCAGCAGUGGUCUGGUGACAGCAUCGGAUUCCACGUAGCAACUUUGGCCUGACUCUAAAGAAGGAAGCUCUGUCCCCUGGGAGUAUGGACAAAGGCUUUGGUCUCUAGAAGCUAUACCUUCGGAUGUUCCCCGUUUGAGGAUGAUGGAUGUUAUGGGAAAACCUACGCCGCGUGGAUUCGUCUUCAUUUACAGUUCCUGCGGGGGACUAUGGCUGUGUCGUCAUGCUUUUGGUUUUUAUUUUAACCAUCUACAUUAUAAAAGCAUUAAGGCAGAGAGCAUCAAAGAGUAAUUGUGGACUGGGGUAGAUUAUUUUCUCUAGGGGAAAUUUAUGCGUUUAUAAUUUGAAUGUGCUUCACCAUACCUUUGGGUUUUAAGAAAUAGUCGUUUUUCUCCCUCUCCAUGUCAGGGAAGUGACUUGUUAUUCGCUGUUUAAAAUCAAAUGGAUUUAAUAAUACCUAUUUAAAUUUAGUCUCCCCUUUCCCUCUCAGGCUUGAGAGGAUUACAAGGUGCACACUUCGUGUUUAGAGAUAAUGGUGAUCAAGUGGGAUAAAUCGUAGGAUGAAAUCAGCAUUGUUUAAAAUGAGCUUAUUUCAGGGACUUUACUUUAAAUGAGCUUUUAAGAACCCACUUCCUUUCAUAGGUUAGAAAUUAUAACAACACUGUCUUUAAAACAAAAAUACUUUUGUUGCGUUCGUUACGUAGAAAAAUUUUAAGUACAGAAUACUUUCGGGUGUUUUAUGCGUUUUUAUAAUUCUAAGGAUAGAAUUUCCGGUGAAUUUGCUGAAAGAAAUAACGGGAACCGCAGGAAAAGUGCUCAUUUUAAGAGCUGGUCUCUUAUUGGUGGCCUCCUAGGUGUGUUACUGCAGGGGGAUAAACCGGCAAAAAAGUCUUAGUUACAUUUGUAACUGGCAAGUUAGAACAAAUGUUUUAUAUACAGUCAACUUGAAUCGGAAUUCAUGAGAUUGUACUUAGGGAAGUACUUAAAAUAUUUUUAAGUAAGGGAGAGUAAAUUAUAGAGGUUUAUUGAAUUUGACAAAAUUUUUUGACACCAUUCUAACUUUUCUUGUUAAUAUACUGAUGUUCUCAGGGUAAAUCCCUUUUAAAUUUAGAAGUAAAGUUUAGGAGAGAGAAAAUGAUGUGUGUCUUAAAGCUGCUUUCUAAAAUAUUUUAAAAGUAAAAAGGAAUCUAAGUCAGUUUGCCUAGGAAGGAGUCUUGGAACUUUAAUGUGGACAGCUAUUCCAGAAGCCAUUUAUACUUUUGUUAAAAUGUUGGUGUUGGUAUUGAUUUGUUGAGGAAACUAGGCUUAUGCUCAUUUUUUAUUUUUGGUAUUAUGUAGAUUUUCUUUCUAAAAGACUUAUUUACCGAAGUUUUUUAGGUUUGUACCUUUAGGUACAGAGAUUUUCCGUGUAACUUCUGUUCCCCACAUGUACCUUGCAAGUAUUUUAAUAGAAAACCUCAUUAAUAUUUUAAAUACCAUUUUGGCAUUGAUAAUUCAGCUGUAGAAUGUGCAAAGUAAUUUCUUGAUAUGUUUGUUAGUUUAGCUUAUAGUUUAAAAAAGUUUUAAUGUGUGGAUCCUGUUCAAAGGAAAAUAAACCUGGCAGACCUACAAAGAAUAUGUCUUCAGGCUGCACUUUUUGGAAGAGCAGUACUUAGGUAUAGGUUCUUAGCUAAAGCAAUGUUUAUUUGCACAUUGCAAACAUGAAUUUAUAAUUUAGCAGUACUUCAAAACUUACGGAAAGAUUACACUAAAUAUUGUUUGUGUGUUUCUGAAAAAUACUAGAUGUAAAUUUCCUUAAAGAAAUACUAAGUUGAGAUUUUUUUCAGUCAUAAAUACUGAUAAUGCCCAAACAUUCCAAAUUAAUGUAUUUUUAUUAUAUUUUUGCUUUUCUACAUUGUUACUUGGGUUUCGUCAGAAUGCAGGACACUUGAUUGAAAUGGAAUAAACUUAGUAGCAUAAUAAGAUUCUGUAUUUAAACAUUUUCUAUUUGGCUUAAGAUGAAUUUUAAUAGUAAUAGUUUUAGCCAUUUAAGAUAAGAGUAGUAGUAGUUGAGAUUUUUGAUUUUUAGGGAUAUUUUGGUACUUGCCUUAUUUAUUAGAUUGGAGUGAGGAAAUUUGGUUCCAUGUUUGGAAGUGUUUGCUGUGUAGUAGAACUUAAAAUUGUAUACAAGUGGCAGCCAUUGGUUUGGAUUUAUUGCUUAAAAAAUUGAUUUUUAAUUUGAAACAGUGUUUUGUUUGUUUAUUGCAUCACUUUGAAUGGUUGCUUUUUUUGAUUUGGUCUUAUACUUUGAAAGAGAAGAGAAUUGCAAAAGAGUUGUGUAUAAUAAAAAGAUAGAUGUUUGGUCUUUUCAUGGGUGGAAGUGAUACAAGUUUUUGGGGGAAUUUAUGGUGUUCUUAAAUUGUUUUACUUGUAGAACAGUUUUUUUUUUUAAGUGGAUUUACAAUUUAUAUACAGUUAAAUUCACAGACUGGAUAGGAUUCGUUUAGCCUUGCUAAAUGUAUACACACAUAUAAACAACACUCGAGUCAAAAUAUGUAACAUCUUCACUGUCCCUUUACUAGUACCACUCCCAGUCAAGGAGCAGUUAUUUUUUAAUUUUGAGAAGGUUGUUUUAAAAUAAUUUGCAGAUAUUUGUACCUUCAUUUUGUUGAGGGAUGAUUAAUUUCCUCUUGGAACAAAGAUGACCAUUUUGUAGUGCCCAUGGUUGUUGUUCCUUAAACUGCUUUACUUUGAAUAAGUAAUUCUGAAGUGAAUAUCCUAAUCUGGCGCUGUUUAAGUCAAUUACAGGGUCUAAGGAUUAAUUAUAUUUCAUUUUCUUUCCACAGUUAAGUUGCUUUUACAGAAUUAACAGGUCUCCAAGAAAUAAAUAAAAGGUCAUUAUUGCUGUGGUUUGAGCUCAGCAUGGCUGUAGUCAUCCGUUUACUGGGGCUUCCUUUUAUUGCGGGGCCUGUGGAUAUUCGUCACUUCUUCACGGGAUUGACUAUUCCUGAUGGAGGAGUGCAUAUAAUUGGAGGGGAAACUGGGGAGGCUUUUAUUAUUUUCGCAACAGAUGAAGAUGCCAGACGUGCCAUAAGUCGUUCAGGAGGGUUUAUCAAGGAUUCAUCUGUAGAGCUCUUUCUUAGUAGUAAGGCAGAAAUGCAGAAGACUAUACAGAUGAAAAGAACUGAUCGCAUAGGGAGAGAGCGACCAGGAUCUGGGGCAUCAGGGGUUGGCAGCUUAUCUGAUUUUGUUGAGGCUGUUAAACAAGAAACAAGUAAUUCUGGAUAUGGCUCUCCAAUUAAUCAAGAUGCUGGGUUUCAUACUAAUGGUACAGGACAUGGUAACUUAAGGCCAAGAAAGACACGGCCAUUGAAAGCUGAGAAUCCUUACUUGUUUCUACGUGGUUUACCUUAUUUAGUAAAUGAAGAUGAUGUACACGUUUUUUUCUCUGGUUUGUGUGUGGAUGGAGUAAUUUUUUUGAAACGUCAUGAUGGCCGAAAUAAUGGUGAUGCCAUAGUAAAAUUUGCUUCAUGUAUUGAUGCUUCAGGAGGUCUUAAAUGUCAUAGAAAUUUUAUGGGUUCAAGAUUUAUAGAAGUAAUGCAAGGUUCAGAACAACAGUGGAUUGAGUUUGGUGGUAGUGCAGUUAAGGAGGAUGACAUUCCUGUGAGAACUGAAGAACAUUCUCCACCAAGAGGAAUUAAUGAUAGACAUUUUCAAAAACAUUCUCAUUCAAAGUCUCCCAGAAGAACACGUUCCCGUUCCCCUCUCGGAUUUUAUGUUCACUUAAAAAAUCUGUCCCUAAGUAUUAACAAAAGAGAUUUAAGAAAUUUCUUUAGAGAUACUGAUUUGACUAAUGAACAGAUUAGGUUUUUAUAUAAAGAUGAAAGGAGAACAAGGUACGCCUUUGUGAUGUUCAAGACUCUGAAAGACUAUAAUACUGCUCUGGGUUUACAUAAGACUGUUUUACAAUAUCGUCCAGUUCAUAUUGACCCAGUUUCUAGAAAACAGAUGCUGAAGUUCAUUGAAUGUUACGAAAAGAAAAGACCAGCAUCAAUAGAAAAAGAGAGACUUGAACAUAGUUCACAAAAAUACUCUCAAGAAGGCUACAGUGGCCAGAAACUGUGUAUAUAUAUAAGAAACUUUCCAUUUGAUAUUACAAAAGUUGAAGUGCAGAAGUUCUUUGCAGAUUUUUCUCUUGCUGAGGAUGACAUUUACUUGCUUUUUGAUGAUAAAGGAGUUGGUUUGGGAGAAGCACUGGUGAGAUUCAAAUCAGAAGAACAGGCCAUGAAUGCUGAACGUUUAAACCGGCGAAGAUUCUUGGGAACAGAGGUAUUACUAAGACUUAUAUCUGAGGCACAAAUGAAGGAGUUUGGUGUAAAUUUUUCCUUGAUGUCCAGUGAGAGAAUGCAAGGUCAUUCACAAUCAUGUGAUAGAGAUGGCCAUGCCCAUUCAUUUGACUCAAGUGAUCCACCAGUAUAUUCAGUUAGCUCUUCUGAAAACUUCAGGCAUCAGCAAGAGGACAUGAGGCAACUGGACAGUUUCCGACAGCCUGAUAGGUGCCCACCAGAAGACUUUAGGCAUUCCCCAGAGGACUUCAGGCGUUCUCCGGAAGAUUUCAAAUGCCCUAGGGAGGAGUACUUCAGACGGCCUCCUGAAGAGGACUUAAGGCGCCCUUGGGAGGAGGACUUCAGGUAUCCUGAAGAGAAGGACUUCAGGUAUCCUCGCAAACAGGACUGGAGGCGGCCCCCCAAGGAUGACGUGAGGCGACUCCCUGAAGAGGACUGGAGGCUGCCUCCUGAAGGAGACUUUAGGCGGCCACCUGAGGAGGACUUCAGGAGACCCCUUGAUGAUGAUUUUGGGCGACUUCCUGAGAAGGAUUUCAGGCGUUCUCCCGAGGAGGACUUCCGGCGGCUGCCCCCGGAACACUUCAGGCGGCCACCCCCAGAACACCUCAGGCGGCUGCCCCAGGAACAUUUCCGGCGGCCACCUCAGGAGCACUUCCGGCGGCCACCCCAGGAGCACUUCCGGCGGCCAUCUCAGGACCAUUUUCGGCGGCCACCCCAGGACCAUUUCCGGCGGCCACCCCAGGACCAUUUCAGGCGCCCUCGAGAGGAAGAUUUCAGGCACCCACCAGAUGAAGAUUUCAGGGGCCCUCUGGAUGAAGACUUCAGGCAUCCUCCUGAUGAGGACUUCAGGAACUCCCAGGAGGAAGAUUUUAGAUGCCCUUCUGAUGAGGACUUCAGGAGGCUUCCGGAGGAAGACUGCAGGGAAGCCACGGAGGAGGAUCCUAGACUUCCUGACAAUUUUAGACCACCUGGUGAAGAUUUCAGGAGCCCACCUGAUGAUUUUAGAAGUCAUCGCCCUUUUGUGAAUUUUGGUCGCCCAGAGGGUGGCAAGUUUGAUUUUGGGAAGCGUAAUAUGGGAAAUUUUCCUGAGGGGAGAUUUAUGCCUGAUCCAAAAUUAAAUUGUAGUUCAGGUAGAGUAACACCUAUUAAGAUAAUGAAUCUUCCAUUUAAAGCUAAUGUUAAUGAAAUUCUAGACUUUUUCCAUGGUUAUAGAAUCAUACCUGAUUCAGUCUCAAUACAGUAUAACGAGCAAGGAUUACCUAUAGGGGAAGCCAUUGUUGCUAUGAUAAACUAUAAUGAAGCUGUGGCUGCUAUUAAAGAUCUAAAUGAUAGGCCAGUUGGCCCACGCAAAGUUAAAUUAAUUUUGCUCUAGAGAGCAUUUUUACAUUGUCACCUCCCCACAGUAUUAAUGCAGUAAAAUGCAUUUGUUUUUUAAAGUGUUUAUUUUUAAUUAUCUAAUGGAAAGAAGCAUUUGAAUUUUGACCUGUGAAUAGAAAAAAUGUAAAUAGUAGAAUGUGAAUCUGGUUUUCUUUUGCUUGUAAAUUGCCCUUUUUCUAAUUUAAAAUCAUGCUUUUUUUUGGACAGGGGAGAGAACUAAUUCCCUGAGUGCAUUAAUUUUGUUGUUGUCAUGGGUAAGCCUCAAGACUUGUAAAAGUAGAGCUGUAUUUGGAGAAGAUCUAUUUUAUAUUCACUUUGUUAUCAUUCUGUAGUCUUCAUCCUUUACUCAAACUGUAUAAGGAAAUGGUCAGUGACUGCUUGUUCAGGUUUAGCAUUUUCAUUGCUAACUGCCUGCAGAAGUAAUGCCCUCUUGUCCAAGAAAUUACUGUUAAGCCUCCUGUUAAUUAUAAAUAGUUUAAAAUUGA